AUGAUGAUGAUCCUCAGGCCAUUGUCUUCUCGCGUUUUGAAUGUUCGUGUCUCUUCAAUAUCGUUUCUUCACAACUUGGCAAUAUCUUCUCCGGUAAGAGAAGACGACGACGCGGAAACCAUUUUCCGGAUGAUCAAUGGACCGAAUCUACGAGGAGAAUUAAAGGACGCGUUGAUCUCCAGUGGAAUCCACUUGUCGAAGGAUUUGAUCGAUAAGGUUUUGAAAAGGGUAAGAUUUAGCCAUGGAAACCCUUUACAAACCCUAGAAUUUUACAGGUACGCUUCUUCUAAAAGAGGGUUUUACCAUUCAGCUUUUUCUCUGGAUACAAUGCUCUAUAUUCUCGGUAGAAGUCGAAAGUUCGAUCAAAUUUGGGAGAUUUUGAUCGAAACUAAGCGAAAAGAUCGGUCUUUGAUAUCGCCAAGGACGAUGCAAGUUGUUUUAGGUAGAGUAGCUAAGUUGUGUUCCGUUAGACAAACAGUUGAAUCUUUCUGGAAGUUUAAGAGAUUGGUUCCUGAUUUCUUCGACACUGCUUGUUUCAAUGCUCUAUUGAGAACUCUUUGUCAAGAGAAGAGUAUGACUGAUGCUAGGAAUGUGUAUCAUACAUUGAAGCAUCAGUUUGAUCCUGAUUUGCAGACGUUUAACAUACUUUUAUCGGGUUGGAAAUCAUCCGAAGAAGCCGAAGCUUUCUUCGAGGAAAUGAAAGAAAAGGGGCUAAAACCCGAUGUGGUUACGUAUAACUCUUUGAUUGAUGUGUAUUGCAAGGAUAGAGAGAUGGAGAAAGCUUACAAGUUGGUAGAUAAGAUGCGUGAGGAGGAUGAAACUCCAGAUGUUAUAACUUACACAACUAUUAUAGGCGGUUUGGGGUUAAUCGGUCAGCCUGAUAAAGCUAGAGAGGUUUUAAAGGAAAUGAAGGAGUAUGGAUGUUAUCCUGAUGUUCCGGCUUAUAAUGCUGCAAUCAGGAAUUAUUGCAUAGCGAGGAGGCUCGGGGAUGCGGAUAUGUUGGUGGAUGAGAUGGUGAAGAAGGGUUUGUCUCCGAAUGCUACUACUUAUAAUCUGUUUUUCCGUGUUUUGUCUUUGGCGAAUGAUCUGGGACGGUCUUGGGAGCUGUAUGAGAGAAUGUUGGGAAAUGGGUGUUUGCCGAAUACUCAGUCUUGUAUGUUCUUGAUUAAGAUGUUUAAGAGACACGAGAAAGUGGAAAUGGCGAUGCGGUUGUGGGAAGAUAUGGUGGUAAAAGGUUUCGGCUCGUAUAGUUUGGUUUCGGAUGUGCUUCUGGAUUUGCUUUGUGAUUUAGCUAAAGUCGACGAAGCUGAGAAAUGUUUGCUUGAGAUGGUUGAGAAAGGACAUAGACCGAGUAAUGUCUCUUUAAAAAGGAUCACAUUGUUGAUGGAGCUAGCAAAUAAGCACGAAGAGCUUGAUAACUUGAAACAGAAGAUGUCUAUUUUCGGUACAGAGAUUCCACGUUAA